AUGGCAGACAACUCUGUACCACAGCCUGAAGUGAUGUCGAUCGCAUCACCAAUUAAUCUAAUCCUCCUCUCCCUCUUCGUCCUGUUAGUUUACUGGCACUUCCGGCCCAAGGCACCAGUCGCCCUCCCGCGAGGCCCACCUCCAGUCGUCUUCAAGACCUACACCCCCAAAACGCUGAUCAAAUACAAUGGCUUGAAUGAUCAGCCCGUCUACCUUGCUGUGCGGGGUCGUGUCUUUGAUGUUUCUCCUGGAAGGAACUUCUACGGACCGGGCGGUCCUUACGAGAACUUUGCUGGCCGCGACGCAUCCCGCGGUUUGGCUCACCAGAGCUUCGAUGAGGAGAUGUUGACUAAGGAUUUGUCGGCGCCGUUGGAUAAGCUGGAGGAUUUGGAUGAGGAUCAGCUGGAGAACUUGCAGUCGUGGGAGGAGCGCUUCUUGGAGAAGUACCUCGUUGUUGGAAAGUUGGUUGCUGAGGGUGAUCCUGAGGCUCCUUCGUCGUGA